CCCUAGCUUCCCUUCCAACUUCUGCAACUGGUUUUUCAGAGGUUUUACUGUUUGCAGCCAACCAUGUUGACAGUGAAAACUCCACAGAAAGGAAAGGCCAGAAGGGAGCUAGAGAAACGCGCCCCCAAGAUCGUUGAGACCGGGAAGAAGACGCUUAUACUUCACGGCAGAAAGACGAGCAAUGUGGUGAAUUCAGUAUUGUCUGACCUUUAUCAUUUGAAGAAGGACAGUGCUGUGAAAUUCAGCCGCAGGAAUGAGGAUAUUAGCCCUUUUGAAAGUGGCGGUGACACUUCCCUCGAGUUCUUUUCUCAAAAAACCGAUUGCAGCAUUUUCGUUUUUGGUUCUCACUCAAAGAAGCGGCCUGACAAUCUUGUAAUAGGGAGAACUUAUGAUCACCAUAUAUAUGAUCUUGUGGAGGUUGGGGUUGAAAAUUAUAAACGCAUGGAAUCAUUUACAUAUGACAAGAAACUAGCACCACGUGUGGGGUCGAAACCUUUCGUUUGCUUUAUAGGAGAAGGAUUUGAGAACGCAGGAGAGCUGAAACAUUUGAAGGAAGUUUUGCUUGAUCUGUUGCGAGGAGAGGUUGUAGAGAAAUUAAAUCUUGCUGGUUUAGAUCGUGUAUAUGUAUGUACAGCUAUAUCUUCAAACAAAGUGGUCCUUACUCUUUGUGCACUGCGACUGAAAAAGUCUGGUACAGUAGUUCCAAGAAUGGAACUUGUUGAAGUUGGCCCCUCCAUGGAUUUAGUAGUUCGUCGGCAUCGUCUUCCUAAUGAAAGCCUAAGGAAAGAAGCAAUGAGAGAAGCCAAAAAUCAGCCUAGGAAGGACAAAAAUAUUAAACAGGACACACUGCGCGGCAAGGUUGGGAAAAUCAACAUCCCGAACCAAAAGAUUGGAGACACGGUGUAUUAUCACACAAAGGUUGGAGACACAUUUGUGCCUAGCAAAACCAAGGGAGUUAAAAGGGAGCGCCGCGAGGCUAGAAUGAAACACGAGAGUAAUGAGCGUGCACCAAAGGUUCAAGACAUGCUUGUGCCUAAGAAGUCAAAAAAAGCUAAAAGGGAACGCCGUGAAGCUGGAACGACUGAGGAGGGUAAUGAGCAUGCAUCGAAAAGGCAGAAGGAGGGUGCUGAGUAAUUCUUUUUGGAUAAGCAGGCUGCGCUGGGAACAAUUCACGUUUACUCUCUUGCUGGCAUCGGCUUUUGCUUUUGGGCCAAUGCUUGCAAGGGUUGAAGUCAAAAGGUGGUAGGGAUCUAAGGAGCUAGGGAUUUUGUUCUUUCCCAUCUUUCAUAGGUUUGACUUUGCAUGCCUAACAUGAGUUACAUCUGUUGUGUUGUUAUCAUUUUCAUGUGCAAAAGUGACACCGUAUAAUUUAGUGUUGAGCUAAUCGUUCCAUUUUCCAGGCUCUUCCCACCCUUGAGUUUCAAUUACUUACCACAUCAGCAAUUGUCGGAGAAGCGUUCCUUUGCUAUUGAAACAUAUAUUUACCUAAUGUUUCUUAUUUUA